AAACCAAAUAUCAUGUCUCAAGCUAAUAAAUCAAUCAACCAACACCAAAGUCAUGAAUCUUCUCCUCUCUUGAACAUUAAUCAGUCUGAAUCCUGUGAGGCUAUUUUCAAACGUUUUCGUAAUAAGUAUCGAUUCCAUAUUGGUGGUGCAUGGAUUCUUGCUAUUCUCACUACCGCAGCUAUUGCUUACUUUUUAAAUUACGAAAAGCUGGACUCCAUUGAUCCCAAUCAAUGCACUUCAGACCGCGAUAAAACAUCUACUAUAAUUCUUUCUUUAUUUUUUGGGGCAGCUGCCGCCGACCGGUUUUAUCUUGGAUAUGUUACUGUAGGCAUCGUAAAGCUUUUGACGGGUGGUCUUGCUGGCCUCUGGUGGACUUUUGACUUUGUCUUGGUCUUAAUGGGCGUCCUUAAUGACGUUAAUGGAUGUAUUCUAAGAUAAUUAGGCACAUCUAUUGUAAUUUUACGAGAAUUAAUUUUUUAAAUAAAAUGUGAUUGUAACCAUCCACUACUUGGGAUGGCGCACAAUCUUAUGCGGCAA